AUGUUCAAGACUGCUAAAUCUUUGUGACUCUUGUUGCUAGUGUCCUCCCUGGCUAUCACUGUAUAUUCAGAAGCAACCCAGUACCCGGUUUAUAUGUGGGCACAGAAGGAGAAAGGAAAGAAGAUCGAGUAUAAGCCAGAGGUAGGCUCAGAUGGACAGAUAGUCCAUGUUUUGAGCAGCCAAGUUUCAGAAGAGGUUAAGAAUAUCCUAGAGACUACUGAUGUUAACUCUUUUAUUGUCUAUACCAGACCUGGAAUGACCACACAAGGGCUAGUAGACACUUUGGUUAAUAACAAACAGAUCGGAACUUUGUUGAAAGAGUCCAAAAAUAAUGCUAUUGAAAGAAGCUUCAUUGAUGUUGUAGGCGAGUCUGUAUCAACUGAACUAACCAAGAAAUUUGAAAAUAUUAAAACCAUUGUUGUUGAUUCAGAACAAAGCCUAAAAGAAUUGAAGGAAGAAUUUGCAUCAGCUCCAAAGCCAUUCAUUCACCAAUACUAUAUCAUCAAUGUUGCAGUAGCAGAAGAUAAAGAUUUUAACGAAAUUGUAUUCCAGCUAGAUAAAGCUUUCACUGAAAGAACUCUGGGAAAUCAUAUUUCUAUCCUUUCUGGAAGUCCAAUUGGUUCAAAAUUGCAGGAAGUCACUAUCACUAAAGAACCAGAACUCAGAUACACUGCUGAAGUAGGAGCUGAUGAAGACGUCUUUCAAUACACCACUUCCAAUAUCUUGACAAAGGGAUUGAUUGGUAUUCCAAUUGUCUUCCUGAUAAUCAUCUCUGUUGGCUUACUUAUGGACAUCAAGACUCCAACUCUCUUCGUCUCUGAAGGAAUCGACUUUGGAAAGAUUGAGAAAUAAUUG